ACUUCCGCUCCGGGAAGGCGAGGUCCGGGCCGAGAUUGCGCGCGGUGAGGUGCGUUAACACUGCAUCCCGGCGGUCCCUCUUACCCUCCUCGGCCUCGGCGUGGGGCUCAGGAAUGCUCUGGAAGCUACAAGAAGCACUUAGGUUAGGGCUGUUUUAAGAAUUGUUCAUGAACAAUGGCAGGUGGCUGAUGGGACCCAGGGGAAGCUAGAAUCCAGCCCUGUCUCACUAAGGUUUGUGGCCACUGCUUAGAGGGACACCUCUUCCUGUUCCCACGAAGUGUCACAUAAACUAGCAGCACCCCUAGCAUCUCUCUCAUGAUGGCUUUCCCUUCCCCAGUUUGCCUUCCCAGAACUCUGCUUUUCCUCAAAAGGAAGAGGAGAAAAAAUGACCAAGUUCCAGUGCAGGUCGGUGGUGAGAUUGAGGUUGCCUGUGAUUGGUGUUGUAGGAGGCAGUGACGUUCAAGGACGUGGCUGUGGUCUUCACCGAGGAGGAGCUGGGGCUGCUGGACUCUGCCCAGAGGAAGCUGUACCGAGACGUGACGCUGGAGAACUUCAGGAACCUGGUCUCAGUGGGGCAUCAGUCCUCCAAACCAGAUGUGAUAUCCCAGUUGGAAAGAGAAGAGAAGCUCAGGACGACGGAGGCCAGCCAGGCUGAAGCGGGCGGGAAUGAAAAUGAGAUGGAGACUGUUCACGAAGCAGGAGUAAGGUGCCUUUCAUUGGGAGAGCUUUCGUGCUGGCAAAUCAAGAGACACGUUGUGAGUAAAUUAAGCAAAAGUCAAGACUCCGUGAUACAUAAUCAACAGCGUGGCGCCCCCUGCCCGCUGGGAGCAGGAGCAGCUGCUCAGGCUCACGCGGAAGGCAGCCGUGUGAUGAAUCUGACCCGGGAUCGUUCCAAUAGUGAUGAAAACCAAAUAUUUCCAACUGCGGGAGCCCGAAAUUCUUGGAGUAAAAUAUGUCUAAAUGAGACACAGAAUUAUCAGAGGUGUGAGCAGACACCAGUGAAAAACAAGUUAUGUAUAUUUGCUCCAUGUGUUGACAUUUUCAGUUGUAUUUCACGCCACCACGAUGAUGCUACAGUACACGAGAGAGAGAGAGCUCACAGCAACUGCAGCGAAGACGUCUCGGAGGUGUCCCCUCUUGCCCAGCUCAGUAUAAUCCCCACAGGACAGCAGACCUACCAGUGUGAUGAAUUCGAAAAGGCAUUCACCGAUGGCCACGGCCUUCAAGUUCAUCAGCAGGUACACCUGGGAAAGAGGUCCCUAACAUACAGUACACAUGAGAAGGAGCCCGGUUAUAGCUCAACCAUCUCCAUUCAACAAGGUACUCGUGCGGGGAAAAAACGCUAUUGGUGUCAUGAGUGUGGCAAGGGUUUCAGUCAGAGCUCGAACCUGCAGACUCAUCAGAGGGUCCACACGGGGGAGAAACCCUACUCAUGCCUCGAGUGUGGUAAGAGCUUUAACCAGACCUCGCACCUUUAUGCUCACUUGCCCAUUCACACAGGAGAGAAGCCCUAUAGAUGUGAAAGCUGUGGGAAGGGCUUCAGUCGUAGCACAGAUCUGAAUAUUCACUGCAGAGUUCACACUGGAGAGAAACCUUAUAAAUGUGAGAUAUGUGGGAAGGGCUUCACUCAGCGAUCCCACCUUCAGGCCCAUGAAAGAAUUCACACUGGAGAGAAACCAUAUAAAUGUACGGAUUGUGGUAAGCGCUUUAGUUGUAGCUCAAAUCUUCAUACCCAUCAGAGGGUCCACACUGAAGAGAAACCGUACAAAUGUGAUGAGUGUGGCAAAUGCUUUAGUUUGAGCUUUAAUCUUCAUAGUCAUCAACGAGUCCACACGGGAGAGAAACCGUAUAAAUGUGAAGAGUGUGGCAAGGGUUUUAGCUCAGCUUCAAGUUUCCAGAGCCAUCAGAGGGUUCACACGGGAGAGAAGCCGUUUCGAUGCAAUGUGUGUGGUAAAGGCUUCAGUCAGAGUUCAUAUUUUCAAGCCCAUCAGAGAGUCCACACUGGAGAAAAACCAUACAAAUGUGAGGUGUGUGGGAAGCGCUUCAACUGGAGCCUGAAUCUUCACAACCAUCAGAGAGUCCACACGGGAGAGAAACCCUAUAAAUGCGAGGAGUGUGGUAAGGGUUUCAGUCAGGCCUCAAACCUUCAGGCCCAUCAGAGUGUUCACACUGGGGAAAAACCAUUCAAAUGUGAUGCGUGUCAGAAGCGAUUUAGUCAAGCUUCGCACCUUCAAGCCCAUCAGAGAGUCCACACUGGAGAGAAACCAUAUAAAUGCGAUACCUGUGGUAAGGCCUUCAGCCAGAGGUCAAAUCUUCAAGUCCACCAGAUAAUUCAUACUGGCGAGAAACCAUUUAAAUGUGAGGAGUGUGGGAAAGAAUUCAGUUGGAGUGCGGGGCUCAGUGCUCAUCAGAGGGUCCACACCGGAGAGAAACCCUAUACAUGUCAGCAGUGUGGAAAGGGCUUCAGUCAGGCCUCACAUUUUCACACACAUCAGAGGGUCCACACGGGAGAGCGGCCUUACAUUUGUGAUGUGUGCUGUAAGGGCUUCAGCCAGAGGUCACAUCUGGUAUACCACCAGAGAAUCCACUCCGGAGGGGAUCUAUAGAAAUGUGAGGUGUGACGUAGCCUGCAGAUGGAGUUCACGUCUGCCACCAUUGGUAAGUUCCUUCAGAACCCAGAAGCUUCAAGAGAUUGUCACAGGAAAGAAGCUCUAUCAAAUACUGUUUUAUGGACUCAAUCGGGAGGUGAAUUUCUUUAUAAAUAUCAGAUUUUACAUGAAAGAAAACUGGUUUUCUAAAUACGGUCAGUGGUUAUACCAGAGUUUUGAAUGUCCCAAUUCUCAAGAUGAACACGACAGAAGAAUCUUAAAUUUCACUGGAGUCUACCCAGAAGAAAGGGCUAAUAAAUGAAGAUUAUGGACAGGACUUUAACAAAAGUGUAAUGAUUGGUAAAAUCGAGAUCAGCUACUAUGUAACCUCCACACAGGCAGUGGAGUUUUCGCCACUCUCUACCUUGAAAACUGCUUGACUUGUAAUAGGUGCCUAGCGAUUACUAAAUAAAGUGAGAAAACUCCUCUUAUUAGGACAAAUAUUUUAAAAUUCUAGUCAGUUCCCUACUUUACAUUCAUAACGACAUACUCAAAAGGAAUCCUGCAAGUAGUCUUAAUAAGAUUAGUUUCAGGAAAUACCGAAGUACAGAAAAUUACGUAAUUCUGUCAUCCACAAUAAUACAAAUUUGGGCAAGACUCAUGAACGGCUCCCACCUCCCAUCCGGUUUUUUGUACAGUAUCACCCGUGUUUACAGUGUAAUAUUUAGUCGAUCAUUAGUUUGCAUUUUAGACUGAAAAGUACUGGUUUUUUUUUAAUCUAAUAACAUACUGAAUUUAUAUGAUUGGAAAAUUUGAACCCUAAUCAUUUCAAACUGUUUGAAAGUGUUGAAAGUUAUUAAUGAUAAAGUUUUAGUAAACUUGAGUUGUUAAUAAUUGGUUUCUUCUCAUUAUGUCCAUGCAGGCUCAGGUAAAAUUGCCUCCUCUGUGCAUAGUCCUUCCUCCAUCCAGACAUCUUGAGGUGGGACUUAGACAGAUUUCAAGGACGUUAAUUUUGUCACCUGUUUAAUUCUGAUUGAAAUUUCAUUAAAUGUAACAAUUCAGAUGGCCUGUAAUUUACACAGCAUUCUAUGUUCAAGGUCUCUUGGUAGAAGGGAACAGCAUUAGCUGGUCAAUACAUAUCAAAAUACCCUGCCUUUGACCUGGCAAUCUUAGCAGUGGAGGUUUUGCCUAGGAGACUACAGAAAAGGCGAGAAACAAGAUGUUUAUACCGAACAUCUUGAGAUAAACACAGAGAUGUUUAUACCGAACUAAUAGAAAAUAAGUAUCAGCAAAAUAUUUCAAAAUAUUUCAAAAAAUAUACAGCCAUGAAAAAUGAUAGACAAGAGUGAUGUCAACAGCAUGGCGGCUUGAGGGAGCUUCCAGGUCAUCCUUGAAGUUACAAGUUGGACAGCUGGACAGCUGCCCAACACGCAAACCCGCCUCAGAGAUCCCCGCGGUGUGUGUCUGAAGGCGGACACAUCUGAGGAGCAGUGGCGCCGGGAUGGGGUGCACAGGGCCAGCGGCCGGGUGCAGCCCAUUCCCCACGGGCAGGCCAGCAGGGCAGGGGAACCGGUAAGGCCUGGGUGGCCGCACGCACGGGCCCAGGGUCAGGAAAGCCGUGCCGAGGGGUCCAUUCUGCGGACUGGACAGGGUGAAGACAACACCAGCCUCAGAGCCCUGUGCUCGCUGGGCCCAAGCCCACCAGCAAGAGCGGAGCCGUCCCCUCCGCCACCUGUGGCUGCAGGGCCUCAAAGGGGCGGCCAGUCGGCUUGGACAGACCGGCUCCUGCCCCUGGCUUCUGGCUGCAGGAAGGUGGCACUGGGGACACACAGGGGCCCCACAGCCCGCCACUUCCAAUCGAACAGAGUGGCUCCCCGAGGCUGAGGCGACUGAGUCAUAACAGGGACACCCACCUCCUCGGGGAAUCCGGGGCAUUUUCCACUGCCCCACAGCGACCUCGGAAGUCCAGCAGGGCGGGUAAGAGGAAAGAACUUGCGCUUCAGCGCCACCUACUGGAAAAGACCACUACGUGCUGAUAUAAGAAGGUGUACAGCAGAAAGCAUGAGAAGGGGAACCAGAGCUUACUCAAACAAAUAAUGAUAACUUCCCAAACCCAUGACUGGAUCCCUUUCCAAGAAACUAAUUAUGUCAAUCCAAAAAGAGCUUCUCCAAGGCACAAUAUAUUAAAACUCAAAAAAUAACAAGAAAGAAUUCUCAAGGCAGCCAGGGAAAAGACGAUGGUAACCUAUAAAGGUAACCCCAUGAGAUUAUCAGCGGACUUUUUUUCAGCAGAAAACUCAGCGAGCUAGGAGAGAGUAGAACCAAAUACUUCAAAUUAUUGCGAGAGAGAUCAUCGAAGAAUAAUAUAUCCAGGAAAUGUGUCUUUUAGAUGUGAAGCAGAAAUAAAGGCUUUUCCAGACAUACAGAGAAGCUCAGGGAAUUGACCAUCGCAAGAGCUGUAUUACAAAAAAUGCUGAAUGGUGCUCCUCUACCUGAAACAAACAGGCAAACAAAAGGAUACAAAACUAUGAGUAAGAUGACCAACACAGAAGCAGGAAAGCGCAACCUUUGUUAAGAAUGGGAUAUUAAACAUUUAAAUACAGUGUAAAGGUUAAAAGAGGUAAAAAUCUUUUUUUAAAGGACAGUAGCUACUGCAACUUAGAAAUGUGCACAAGCAUAAAAGGAUAAUUUGUGACAACAAAAGGGGCAGGAAAACGACUGAACUUGCACAAGUGAAUGGAGAUAAAAUGCAAUCAGAAGAAAAGAGACUACUGUAUGUAUGAAACUUUCUUUUGCAUAAACCGAAUGUUAACCGCACACACACAACAAUCUGGAACUGAGACAUAACAUAAAACGAAGAGAAAACAAGAAAAAUCAUAGAAUACCACCAAACUGAAACAACACAGAACCACAAGGGAAAAGAAACAAUGGAGACACAGAGCUACCAAGACAAAGGAUAAAAUGGGUAUAAGAAAUCUUCAUAUAUCAAUAAUCACCCUAAAUGUAAGUGGACUGAACUCACCAAUUAAAAGGCACAAAGUAGCGGGAUGGAUCAAAAAACAAAAUCCAACUAUAUGCUGUCUUCAGGAUUAACAUCUCAGCUGCAAAGACAGAUAGACUCAAAGCGAUGAGGUGGAAAAUGAUACUCCAAACAAAUGGCAUUCAGACAAAAGUGGCUGCAGCCAUACUUCUAUGAGACAAUAGAUGUCAACAUAAAAAAUAAUAAAGAUGAACAUUUUAUAAUGAUAAAGGGGACAGUAUGUCAAGAGGAUGUAACUAUAUGCAGCCAACCUGGGAGUACCACAGUAUAUAAAGUGACAGAACUAAAGGGCUAAACUGGAAAAAAAAAAAACCCACAAAUUGUGCUGGGAAAAUUGGAAAGCUACAUGCAAAAGAAUUAAACUAGACUGUGAUUUAACAACAUACACAAACAUUAACUAUAAAUGGACUAUAGACUUAAAUGUAAGACAUGAAAAACUAAAAUACAUAGACGAAAACAGAUGUACUAAACUUAUAAAACUUGGUCUCAGAAGAUUUUAUGAAUUCGACCCCAAAGGCAAAGUAAGUAAAAGCAAAAAUAAUAUGACUGCAUCAAACUAAAAGGCUUCUGCAUAGCAAAAGCAACCAUCAACAAAUCAAAAAGGCAGCCAACCAAAUGGGAAAGUGUAUUUGCAUGUGAUAUCUCCAAUAAGAGGCUAAUAUCCAAAAUUAAGAACUCAUACAUCUCGACAACAAAAAGGCCAGUCCAAUUAAAAAAUAGGCAGAAGACCUAAACAGACACUUUUCCCAAAAAGACAUACAGAUGGCCAAAAUAUAUGAAAAGAUACUGAACUUCACUAGCUCUAAGAGAAAUGCAGAUCUAAACAGAUGUGAGAUACCUCACACCUGUCAGAAUGGUUAUUAUCAAGACAAGAGAAAAAGGAACCCUCAUGCACUGCUGGUGGGGAUGUAAAUUGGUACAGCCAUUAUGGAAAACAGUAUGAAGGUUCCUCAAAAAAUUAAGUAUAGAGCUACCAUAUGACCCAGCAAUCUCUCUUCUGGGUACCUACCUCCAAAUUUUGACAACAUUUAUUCAUGAAGAUACAUGUGCCUCUGUGUUCAUUGCAGCAUUAUUCUCAGUACUGAAAACAUGGAAAUGACCUAAGUGUCCUUUGAUAGAUGACUGGAUAAAGACAACGUGGUGCAUAUAUACAGUGGAAUCCUACUCAGCCACAGGGAGGAUGAAAUGUUGCCAUGGAUGGCAACACAGAUGGAUCUUGAGUAUCGUGCUAAGCGAAAUAAGUCAGAUGGAAAAGAACAAGAACCACAUGAUUUCACUCAUGUGGAAAACAAAGCAACAACAAGAAAACUCGCUGACACAACAGAGUAUGGUGGUUAUCGGAGGGGGAUGAGGGAGGAUAGACAGAAUAAAGGGGGUCAAAUAAAUAUAUGGUGAUGGAAGGAGGCUAAACUUUGGGCGGUGAGCACACAAUGCAGUAUACUGAUGAUAGAGAAUUGGACACUUGAAGUUUAUGAUAUUAACCAAUGUCACCCCGAUAAAUUUUUUAGAAAUGAUAUAGAGCUGUCAUGACAUGUCAUUCAUGAGAAAACUAGGUCAGCGCCUUCCUGUUAUGAUCUUAUAUGUGGAAGGAUGUUGAUUAAUGUGCUACCUGGUUUCCUCAGAGUUGCAGUGAUUUUUCUGUAACUUUUUAAGAAAUUAUUUACAGUGGUCAUUAUCAGUUUGAGCAAAACAAUAAAAUUACUGGAUAAAUGAAAA